AUGCUAGGCACCCAAGCAAAGACUCUCCUCAGGUGCUACAGCACCGAGGCGUCCCCUGCUAUACGGUCAACGCUUCUUUUGCAGAGAAAGCCAAUUAUCACUGCCGACCAGCCAGCUUUCCAGAAACUGUUCUACAGAUACCAGAAGGAAUUGUGGAAAAGAUUGAUGUGGACGUUUCCCAAGUGGUUCUGGUUCCGUCCAGGCACGGUUUCUGAGCUCAGGUUUCGUGAGUUGAACAAAAGACCGUUUUACAAUAACCCAAAUGUGGAGUUUGUUGGAGGUAGACCAGAUGUCCAGCACAAUAGAGAUAGAAGACACAAGCAGGUGGUCAAGUUGCCACAGACAUAUGAUGAUAAGCUGAAGGAGGUGGAUGAGCUUUCUAGAAGGAUUGUUCCAAACUCACGUACGACUCAGGCCGACAAGAACAACGACUUGAUGAGCUUGGAGAGGAAGCUCGCCAGAACGCUAUACCUUUUGGUGAGCCAGGACGGGAAGAAAUGGAACUUCCCUUCGUUCGCUAUCAACGGCCUGCCACUACAUCAGGCGGCCGAGGAGGGCUUGUACCUGAUUGCAGGAAAGCAGUUGAACUACUUCAACGUUUCCAAGAAGCCCUGCCAUGUUCACAACUCGCCCAACGAAAAGCUGUUCUUCAUUAAACUGUACCUUUUGCUGGGUCAGUUUGACGUGAAGGACUCGGGCUUGAAGCAUUUGUGGUUGACCAAGGAAGAAGUUGGCCAGCACUUGGACAAGGACUACUACCAGGAGGUGGAGCACUUGUUGAACGAAAUAUAA